AAAAUAUUUCUUGGAUAGUUGGCGACUAUGCAGUCGACCGAUCGACUGCUCUCUCCAAUCGUUUAUUGGGAAUGUCGUUUCUAUUCCAUUUUUUAAGUUCGAACGGUUCGUAUCGGGGGAAAAAUGUCUUCUUCGCUAACGUUAAGCGCAAAUUCGACGGUCAACUAUCUGAUAAGUGUAUUCUUUGAGCAUGGCGAUCAUCGUACGAAAAAUUGGCUUCUUUCAAAUUCCCCGUGGCCGUUAUUUGGAAUUUUAGCCUUUUAUUUGUUGUUCUGUUUAUAUUUGGGUCCUCGUUAUAUGCGUGAUCGUAAACCCUACGAAUUAAAGAACACCAUGAUCAUCUACAAUGCCGUACAAGUGUUAAUUAGUUGUAUUCUAUUUUAUGAGUUCUAUCAAGCUGGCUGGGGAACGACAUACAAUUACAAAUGUGCUCCGCUGAAAUAUGACACCGAUCCUCAUUCGAUGAGAAUGGCCAGAGCAGUUUGGCUAUUCUACAUGGCCAAAAUUACCGAGCUGUUGGAUACAGUCUUCUUUGUUUUACGGAAAAAGGAUAGACAAAUAUCAUUUUUGCAUGUCUUCCAUCAUUUCAGUAUGCCACUGGGUCUAUAUUUUGCUGUGCAAAAUUAUGCAGGUGGCCAUGGUACCAUUGUUUGUUUCAUCAACUCCUUUGUUCAUAUUGUCAUGUACAUCUAUUAUAUGCUGACUGCCAUGGGUCCCAAAGUACAAAAAUAUCUGUGGUGGAAAAAAUACAUUACAGUUUUGCAGCUUGUAAGUGUUGCCGCUGUCAUAACCUUGUACUCCUGUAUUUUCUCCUAUAUGUUCGGUUCAUUUUAUAUUCAAAAUUAUCUGCACAAGACGGAAAAACGAUCACCAGUGAAAAAGGAUUAG